CAAUUGCAUGCAGUAUGCUUGUGUGAAAUGAAUGAGCAUUUAUUAUGUUAUUAGUAUGCUUUGUGUUAGUUGUUUGUGGGGAUGGAAAUGGAAUGAUUCUGUUUUUUUCUUUUUUUGAGCUGCUAUAAUUGUUAAUUGUUCUCUAUGAUGACUAUUUUGCAAACUUUUACACUGUUGGUGGAAUGAAGGCUUUAUUGAUUGUGAUUGUGCUAAUAUCUAUCAUCUAUGGUCUGCUUUGUUUUGCUUUUAGCUUUUGCUGUCAAGGUAUUUGACUUUGUGUCUGUUUCCUCAAUUUUUUUUAAAUUUCAUGUUUUACUAUGCUAAGUUCUUCAGCUCAAGUGAAGCCCAGUGCCUGAUACAAGCAGCAAAGCCGAAUAGUUAUUGAAAGAUGGAAUCUAAUAGACAUUCUCCAAGUGUUAUUGCAAGGCUGAUGGGUCUUGAUGAGCCGCUACCUCCACAGCCUGUCUAUAAACAAAGAAGAAUACUCUCAGAAACUUAUCUCCGAAAAUCAGCUUCUAUAGUUUUGCGGGAGAAAAGCUCAUUUUCUGUAGGCCACUCUUCUAGUAUGAAUACUAAGAAGCGCAAAGCAAUUAAAGAUGCUUUUGAAGAUAAUUUACCAAGAUAUGUUCAAGAGGAAAAUAAGCUGCUUGAUGUCCGGAAUUUUCCAUCAGAAUACUGUCUCGGACAUUCAGCUGUCUGUAAGUCAUCCAGUGCUUCAAAAUAUAGAAACAAUGAAAUAUGCAAGAAGUCAGAUAUAAUGUCUGAAGGGAAUAUUUUGAGUUCACUUCAGGAAUUAGAAACAGGUUCUGUUGUGGGUUCCAUUGGUGAUUUUGAGACAGGCCAGUUGAGCAAACUGAAAUCCCACUUUGAGUUGAAGGAUUACACAUAUCAUCCAUCUACUAGGACUACUGUACUAGGACCUAGUUCUGUACAUUAUCCUAAAAGUGACAUGGAACCUCCCAAACAGAGUUUUAGAGUUCCCUUUGGAACUCCGAGUAGAAGACUCCAAUAUGCAAGGCACUAUCAUGUUGGCGAUCCUAAAACCAAACCAGUGCAAUUGGGACCAGUUACUCAGCCAGCGGCAUUAAGCCCCUCAUCUUCAAGUUCCUUAAACAACAAUAUCCUAGAUCGUAGUGCAUAUUCCUUUUCAAAUCUGUUAUUUUUUACAAAAGAGUCUAAGAGGCAAAUGCUUGAACAAUGGAAUCUAACCAAAGACUUUCAGGAAGUUGAAGUGGAUAAAGGCUGUAGCAAUCCUAGGGAAAUUAGUAGCAGAGAUGGUUGGAAGAGUGAGCAUAGUAGAACUUUACCGAGAUCAAACACUUCACAGAUUUGUAUGAAUAUAUCAGGAAAUGCCAAUAGCAGAUCCAGAACUGAGCCUACUCUAUAUGGCUCAUGUUUGUGGCAAAAGGAUGAUGUUAGGAAUGAAAACAAAUGCAUGAAGCAAAGCCAGAAACAUUAUGUUGAACUUGGAGAUAGAAGAGUAGUUAUUCCAGAGAAGAAGAGUGCAUCUAGAUUCUACAAAUGCAAUCCUGGUCUUUCAAACUCUGAGAGUAAAAGUCUUGCUUUCACAAGGAAUGCUGCAGGUUCAAUGGCUAAUGCGAACACCAAGGGCAAUGGAAUUUCUUUUAUGAAUUUUGAAAAUCUUCAUUCUGAACCAAGUCCAUGCUCUUUGUCAACUGGAGAUGAUCUUUCCUCUAACAGUUGGGAAGCUUCAUUUAAACAGGAAUCAUUGAAUGAAUCCCCUCCAAACAGGCUGGUUUCUUUGAAAGAUACCAUAAUUGACCCAAAUUCUACUAUGAAUUUGAAGGAAGCCAAACAAAGUAGUCCAAUUUCAGUUCUUGAACCACAUUUUAAGGCACGGAAACUUCGAAACUCUGAAUGCUAUGAUGGUCCUGUUGUAGAUUUACAUAGUGUGGUAAAGCAGCUUAAGCUUCUUGAAACCAGCUCAGAGGAAACAUACUCUGAAGGAUCUGAAAUGGCUGUAUCAAGUGUUGAAAAUAAUGAGAAACGAUCUUUUUACUUUUCUCAAGAACUGCUGGGAGUGUUUAGCAGUGAAGAAAGUAGGGAUUUCUCUUACCUAGUUGAUGUUUUAGAUGAGGCCCACCUGAAUUUUGAAGUGGACUUCGAAACAUGUAAUUCUUUGGAAUCCCCUAUAAACCCAUUGUUGUUUGAGGCAUUAGAGAAGAAAUAUGGUAAGCAGAUAUCUUGGUUGAAGUCAGAAAGGAGGCUUUUGUUUGACCGUAUAAAUUCUUGGUUUAGUGAGAUUUUGAAUUCAUUUACGGAUAUCCAUGUUCGUUCAAAGUCCUUGAAGAUGAUGUUUCAUCCAACAUUGAGACGAAGUGAGGUUGAGGAAGAACUGUGGAUGUUGCUUGUUAAUGAGGAAAAGGAAGUGGGCAAGGACUUGUCUGAGAAGGCACUGGGAGUGGAAACAAAGUGGUUGAAAAUGGAGAGCGAGAUUAGUAAUAUAUGUAAGGAAGUAGAGAAUUACUUGUUCGAUGAACUAGUAGCAGAGUUGUUUUGCAUUUGAGAGUUUAUUUUUUACAUUUUCCCUCUGUAUUUAAAUCAUUCUUUGGCAGGUAAAAUGCAAUGUUGAAAUAGCAGUUUUGGCAUAUAGUAUACUAUAAGAUGUGAGUGCUGUAUAGAUUAGAGUGAAAAAUUCAAAUAUCAGCCUACUGUAUGGUGAAGCAUAUGAGAAAUUUUGCACUUGGUUUUAUUGUUAAUAAUAAUAUUGCUAUAGAAAUUCGUGUCUA